CCUGCUCAAAACCCCCAUGCAAUUUGCCCUCAAUUCUAAUAUUCCACAAUGCCAGCACAAAACCUCCCUCACCUAGACUUCCGCUCAUACGUUGAAGCUCUAAAAGCUGAUGGUGAUAUCGUGGAGAUCAAUGAAGAAUGUGAUCCUAAUUUAGAAGUUGGUGCAAUCAUCCGAAAGGUUGUUGAAAGUGAUGAGAGGGCACCACUAUUCAAUAAACUGAAGGGACAGGACAAAAAUGGUUUCUGGCGAAUUCUUGGUGCACCUAAUUCCUUGCGUGUCGAUCCUAAGCAGAGGUUUGGACGACUAGCUAGGCACCUUGGCCUACCACCAACGUCUUCCAUGAGGGAUAUACUUGGCAAGAUGGUAUCUGCUAAGACAGCAGCUCCUAUCCCUCCCCAGAUUGCCCAAACGGGUCCUUGCAAAGAGUGUUACCUCAGACUCGGGCAAUUUGAUCUCACCAAACUCCCUGCUCCACUGCUUCACGAAGCUGAUGGUGGAAAAUACAUUCAAACAUAUGGUAUGCACGUGGUACAGUCCCCUGACGGAAAGUGGACCAACUGGUCUAUUGCCCGAGCCAUGGUACAUGAUCAAAAUCAUUUAUGUGGUCUUAUAAUUGAACCGCAGCACUUAUGGCAAAUCCACCAAAUGUGGAAGAAGGAGGGAAAAGAUAUGCCUUGGGCGCUGGCAUUUGGCGUUCCUCCUGCAGCUAUCAUGGCAGCAAGCAUGCCUCUGCCCGGAGGGUGUUCAGAGGCUGAGUAUGUCGGUUCAUUAGUUGGAUUGCCUCUAAAGGUCGUCAAGUGCGAAACUAAUGAACUACAUGUCCCUGCAAACUCAGAAAUUGUUUUCGAGGGGUCGUGCUCUAUCACUGAGACAGCGCCCGAAGGCCCCUUUGGUGAGAUGCACGGAUAUGUCUUCCCUGGUGAAGCGCAUAGUUCGCCUAUGUUUAAGGUUGAGCUAAUCACGCAUCGACAACAUGCCAUCCUGCCGGUGUCCAAUUGUGGUCGGCUAACGGAUGAGACCCACACUAUGAUUGGCCCACUGGCUGCCGCGGAGAUCGGUUAUCUUCUUAAGUCUCAGGGAUUACCUAUCAAAGAAGCGUUUUCCCCAUUUGAAUCACAAGUCACAUGGGUUGCUCUUCAAGUUGAUGUUGGGAUGCUUCAAACCCUAAAGAUAAGUCCCGGAGAGUUCUGCCGAAGGAUUGGGACUCUAGUUUUUAAUGACAAGGUUGGCUACACCAUACAUCGACUCAUUCUAGUUGGGGAUGAUAUCGAUGUCUAUAAUUUUAAAGACGUUAUUUGGGCAUUUUGUACACGUUGUCGCCCAGGGAUGGAUGAGUACUUUUUUGAAGAUGUUGCAGGUUUCCCGUUAAUCCCAUUCAUGUCUCACGGCAAUGGAAGCAGUGGUAGAGGUGGUAAAGUAGUCUCUGACUGUUUAUUACCUGUUGAGUAUACAACAGGUAAGAAUUGGGAGGCAGCAGAUUUUGAGAACUCUUUCCCGCCCCAGCUUCAAGAAACAGUACUCAGGCGUUGGGAAAAGUUCGGCUUUGGUUCUUCGGAAUGAGAGGGUUGACAAUGUGUAUUCCAGACGCAGCCCAGGUCUAUGUAGCAAAGAGCUGGUGAUCGACAUGUACACUGGAGAAUAAGAAAAAACAGAGCAGAACAAAUUUAACACAACUCUAAGCCUCUUAAAGGCAAUCAA